AUGGUUGCCAACUGUAUUGAUAAUUGUCAACUGAAAGUGAGGUUAUGAGUGAACAACAAAUCAAAUAAAAUUUGUUAAAUCAACAGAAAAUCGUAAUCAGUGUGCGAGGGUGAUAAACUUGACUUCCCCGUUUUAUCACAGGAUGUAACGUUCCUGUUUCAAUGUAAUUGUGUGAAAAAAUGACGCGAAUUCGCUACUUGCUGCAAUCAUUUCGGGCUCGGCGUAAUCGCCACUUAUCACGCACCGAUUCCGUGUCUUUUGAAGCCUUUUGCAACGAAAUUCCUCAACGGAAAUGCCCGACAACCAAAGAAUCGUCCUUGAACGGCGACUUUAACACCUCUCCGCUCAAAAGAGAACUCCCGGAUGAAGACUACGUCCGCUUCGCCCCACAGAACUGCGAAUCCACCACUUGCUCCCGUCCUAGUCUGCCAGCAAUCCUGCUGGUGCUCAUGCUUCUGGCUGUGUUUUUAGUCCUUCCCUUGGUAUAUUUGUUACACUGUUUCGGAGUUAUUUACACUCAAGAGCGCUACGAACACCCCACUUUACUCGAAAAAAUCCACCAUACGCACAAACCAAGCCAAAUCAAAGUUCCUACAGCUCUGCCGCCGCCCCCGAAACCGGAUUAUGGCAAGUGCAAACUGGUCCAGGAGCGGGACCGGUUCGAUUGCUACCCCGAGAAUGGGGCCAAUCAGCAGGGGUGCGAGAGCAGGGGCUGUUGUUGGAUCCCGGCGAAAAAGAAGCCGAAAAUGGGGGUGCCCCUAGCCACCCCCUACUGUUUCUAUCCCUCCAAUUACGCGACUUAUAAUUAUGUAAAUGUGACGCAGACGGCCUACGGUCUGGAGGCGUUCUUGAAACGGGGCUUUGCGACGGCCUAUCCAGGAGAUGUGGAAGUAAUCAAACUCAGUGCUAAAUUUGAGACAGACACGAGAUUGCACAUUAAAAUUACAGAUCCGUUGAAAAACAGGUUUGAGCCUCCGUUUCCAGAAGUUCCUAUUGUCGAUAAAGCGGCCAUGAAUUUGACUUACUUGUUUUAUAUUGACUCAACCAAGCCCGGGUUUAGGGUGGUAAGACGAUCAGAUAAUACCAUAAUUUUUGACGCAUUAAAUUUACCGAAUUUAAUUUUUUCUGAUCAGUUUUUACAACUGAGCGGUAAAUUACCUUCUAGUUACAUUUACGGGAUGGGAGAACAUCGCAGUCGUUUGUUAUUAUCGACCCAAUGGUCACGAUUUACGUUAUUCAACCAUGACACAAUUCCCUCUUUUGAUAAAAAUUUAUACGGUAGUCACCCCUUCUACCUAAUAAUGGAGAACUCGACUAAAAGCCACGGUUUUUACCUCCAAAACUCCAAUGCUAUGGACGUUAUACUGCAACCCACACCUGCAGUAACAUUCCGACCAAUCGGCGGCGUUCUAGACUUUUAUUUUUUCCUCGGCCCCACCCCCACCGACGUGAUUAGCCAAUACACGGAUUUGAUUGGACGUCCGUUCAUGCCGCCAUAUUGGGGGUUGGGCUUCCAUUUAUGUCGGUUCGGUUACAAAACCCUGAACCGAACUAGACUUGUCAUGCAACGUAACAUCGAUGCUGGGAUUCCAUUGGACACGCAAUGGAACGAUUUGGACUACAUGAAAAGUAGUAACGAUUUUACUUACGAUUCGGUCAAUUUCAAAGGUUUGCCUCAGUUCGUUAAAGAUUUACAUUUGAAAGGGAUGCAUUAUAUUCCGUUGAUUGAUGCGGGGGUGAGUGGGAGUGAGCCCCCCGGGGCGUACCCCCCGUUUGACGAAGGGCUCAAAAUGGACAUUUUUGUUAAAAAUUCAACCGGGCAGAUAUUUAUCGGAAAAGUCUGGAAUAAUAAAAGUACAGUUUGGCCCGAUUUUACACACCCCACAACAGUGGAUUAUUGGACAAUGAUGUUGAAAUCCCUCCAUGAUGUUGUCCCCUUCGAUGGAGCCUGGAUUGACAUGAACGAGCCGUCGAAUUUCCUCUCGGGAUCGUUUAACGGGUGCCCCAAGACCAGUCUAGACAGCCCCCCGUAUUUGCCAAAUGUCGAUGGUGGCGCCCUCAACUACAAAACCAUGUGCAUGUCGGCGAAACACUACGCCGGUUUACACUACAACGUCCACAAUUUAUUCGGUUUUACUGAGGCAAUUGUUACAAGUUUCGCCAUGUCUGACAUUCGGGGGCGCCGCCCUAUGGUCAUCUCCCGCUCGACUUUCGCCGGUCAUGGCCACUACGCCGGUCAUUGGAGCGGCGACGUCGUUUCUGAUUGGCUAGACAUGAGAUACUCCAUUCCACAAUUGUUGAGUUUCAGCCUCUUUGGGGUGCCUUUAAUGGGGGCUGACAUCUGCGGCUUCAAUGGCAACACGACUAGAGCUUUGUGUAAUAGAUGGACCCAACUGGGGGCUUUUUACCCGUUUUCACGUAACCACAACACCGACGAUGGCAUUGAUCAGGAUCCGGUCGCGAUGGGCCCCGAAGUGGUCAUGUCGGCCCGUAAAGCCCUCUCGAUGCGCUACAAACUGCUCCCCUACUUGUACACUUUAUUUUGGGCUGCGCACACUAGGGGCGACACCGUCGCCCGUCCCCUAUUUUUCGAAUUUCCCAACGACUUGAAGACUUACGAUAUCGAUGCGCAGUUUUUAUGGGGGCCCGCUUUGAUGAUUGUGCCCGUUUUGGAGGAGAAUUCGACGCAAGUGGGGGCGUACUUGCCGGAAGGGGUGUGGUACGAUGUUUAUACUAAAUCACCAAUCGCUGGUCAAGGCCAAAGUGUCAAUCUCUCGGCCCCCUUGGACACAAUUCCGCUUUUAUUAAGAGGGGGCUAUAUAUUGCCGACGCAGGCCCCCGAACAGACCACAACUCGCUCGAGGUUAAACCGAAUCGAGAUUAUAGCAGCCGGUGAUGAACAAAUGAACGCAUUUGGGGAGUUUUAUUGGGAUGAUGGGGAUUCAUUGAAUGCCUACGAGGAGAAGCAAUACACUUUGAUUGAGUUUUGGAUGGAGAGGGGGGUGUUAAAGAGCGAGAAUAUUCACUGGAGUGGGACGGAGAAGCCUCCCAAUCUGGGGGCAUUGACUAUAGUUGGAGUCACUGAUUCGGUCGAGGAAGUGUUGGUGAAUAAUGUGGCACAAGCUUUCCGUUACGACACUAUUCAUAAGUAUUUGUUGGUCGAAAAUUUGAAUGUCGAAUUACAGAAACCUGUAGUCGUUACAUGGAAGUAAAUGUUACCAAAGAAUUAAGCGUAGUGUUAGUCAUUUUAAGGCUGUUUUUCAAAUUGACUGAAUUAAUUUUUAAUGUUAGGGUAGAUUGCUUGAUGUUAAUCAACGUUUUUCUUUUCUCAAAUAAAUAAGAAUACGGAGUUCA